AUGGCACAGGGGAUUCAGCUUGAUCGGGCAAGAUUCAGCUGCUCGAUCUGUCUGAAUCUACUGAAGGAUCCGGUGACGAUUCCCUGUGGACACAGCUGCUGCAUGAACUGCAUCAAGGUCCACUUGGAUGAAGAGGAUGAUAUGAGGAUCUACAGCUGCCCUCAGUGUAAGCAAACCUUCACACAGAGGCCUGUCGUGGUAAAAAACGACAUGUUAGCAUUUGUGGUGGAGGAGCUGAAGAAGACUGGACUCCCAAUUGCUCCGACUCCUGCUCCUGCUGAUCACUUCGAUGCUGGAUCGGAAGAUGUGGCCUGUGAUGUCUGCAAGCUGAAAGCCUUCAAAUCCUGCCUGCAAUGUGUGGCUUCAUUUUGUGAGAGUCAUCUUCAGCCUCACUUUGAUAUAGCACCUUUAAGGAAACACAAGCUGGUGGAAGCAUCUACAAAGCUACAGGAGAACAUCUGCGCUCGGCAUCAAGAAGUGAUGAAGAUGUGGUGCCGUACUGAUCAGCGUUGCAUCUGUUAUCUCUGCUCCAAGGACGAACACAAAGGCCACAACAAAGUCUCGGCUGCAGCAGAAAGGGCCGAGAGGCAAACAGAUCUUCGGGUGACUCGGCUGAAAAUCCAGCAGAGAAUCCAAGAAAAAGAGAAAGACAUGAAGCUGUUUCAACAAGAGGAAGACGCUGUUCAUUGCUCUGCAGAAAAUGCACUGAAGAACACUGACAAGCUGUUCAACGAAAUGAUCCAUGCCAUUGAGAAAAGAGUCUCUGAUGUGAAGGGGAAGAUUCAAACUCGGCAGAACACUGAAGUGAGUCGGUUCAGAAAGGUUCGAGAGAAGCUGCAGCAGGAGAUCACUGAGCUGAAGAGGAAGGAUGCUGGGCUGGAGAAGCUCACACACACAGAGGAUCACACUCAUUUUUUAUUGAACUACCCUUCAUUGGCAUGUCUGAGUGAAUCUAAAGUCCCGCCAAACGCCAAAGUCCGCCGCCUGCGGUACUUUGAGAAGGUCACAGUGGCGCUGUCAGAGGCCAGAGAUCGACUACUGGGAAUCCUUGGGGAAGAAUAUGCAAAGAUCUCCUCGACAGUAGCUGGAGCAGAUGUUUUAACAACAAAUCCACGAGCAGACCCCGAGACCAGAGCUGACUUCUUACAGUAUGCUUUCCAUCUAACUCUGGAUCCAAACACUGCAAAUACACACCUGUUGAUAUCCAACGGCAACAGAAGGGCAGCAUUCGUGAGAGAAGAACAGAAAUAUUCUGCUCAUUCAGAGAGGUUUAUGUAUUCCUGGCAGGUCCUGGGCCGAGAGAGUCUGAAAGGACGUUGUUACUGGGAGGUGGAGAGGAGCGGGGGAGGAGUUUUAGUGGCAGUCGCAUACAAGAACAUCAGCAGAGCAGGGGUCUUCAAUGAAUCCGUGUUUGGACACAAUUACAAGUCCUGGGCGUUAGAUUGCAUCGGAGAUAGCUAUGUGUUCAUACAUAACAAGACGAAGACGCCCAUCUCCAGUCCUCCGGGAUCCAGAAUAGGAGUGUACCUGGAUCACAGUGCAGGUAUUCUGUCCUUCUACAGCGUCUCUGAAACCAUGACCCUCCUCCACAGAGUCCAGACUACGUUCACUCAGCCUCUCCAUGCUGGACUCUGGCUGUCAGACGGAGCUGUUGCUGAGCUUUGCAGGCUGAAGUAAACAGGAGUUAUUGAGGAGAUCUGCUGGGGGACAGUGUCUGUUUAAUGAUGAUGGAAAACCUAACUUGAAUAUGUAUUGACAGGUAAAUUGCUUACUGCAUUGUUGUUUAAGUAUUAAUGGAGGUCUAACCACUGUUACCUUUGGGGAGAUAAACAGUUAAUUAUAUUAGUUUUAUGAACUUGCAGGUUUUUUUUGUCAAUGAAACCUGCACAGGUUCAUUUCAUUGAUUUGCAUGAUUCCUGGUCAUCGGGUGCAGAAAAAUGGACAUUUCCAUUUGAAGCGUAGUAACAUAAAUGUACAAAG